AUGCGGCGUAUUCUCUCUUCCGCUUUCUCACAGCGAGGCUUAUUGGAGCAAGAGAAACUUGUCGGCAUGACCAUUGAUGAAUUCGUUACCAUUCUUGGCGAAAAAGGCGGCAAAGAUAGUCAGGGCUUGAAUAUGACGAAGUGGUACAAAAUUGUUGGAUUUGACAUUCUUGGCAAGAUGGCCUUCGGAGAGUCAUUUCACUGUCUUGAAAAUGGUACGGUUUCCCUAAUUCAACCCCGUAAAGCCAAAUACCUUGCCAAACUGGGUGCUCUUCAGAGGCUAUACGAAUCAUAGUCUUUGGAAAUAACAUAAUAGCUACUUACUAGUGUAUCAUAGGCAAAACGCAUUUCUGGUCCGACCUCAUCGAGGAACAUCUCUAUCUCAUCACUUUAAUCGACAAUCUCAGCAGACUGCCACUGUUGGCCACAAUGGCCAAGAUUUUCUUCCCUUCAACUUUGGUGGUCCAGAACCAAAACUCAGCAUUCAGCCGGAAACAAGUUGAAAAGUGCAACAUUAACAUCCAGAAAGAACUAUUGAAUCCUGGCUAACACUGACCAGACGCCUAGGUUCAAAAACCGCGCGGAAAGACUUUCUAACCAACCUAGUUGAGAAGGUUCGUAAUGGAGAGGUCGAGAAAGAAGAGAUGAGUGCUCACGUAUCCACGUUGGCGUAAGCAAAUUUCGGCCAUUUCUGCCCCAAGUCUAAUGCUGACACUUCACAGUAUCGCUGGUGGUGAGACGGUGUCAACAUUUUUGGCUGGUACAACUUUCUUUCUUCUCAAAAAUCUGACCACGAUGCAAAAGUCAGUCGAUGAAAUCCGUGGAGCGUUUUCUCUGUAUGAGGAGAUAGACGCACAAAAGGCUCAGCGACUUCCAUAUCUUCAGGCUGUGAUUAACGAAGGUCUGCGCCUGUUUCCACCGGGAUCACAAGUUUUCCCUCGAGUGUCCCCUGGCUUCAACUUACAUGGAAAAUUCAUUCCCCAAGGCGUAGGUCAUUGA